AUUUAGCCGAUACCAAUUGAAUAUAGAGCGCUGAAGAGCAAGGACGGUAAAAAAAAGAGCACGGUCAAACGGUAAAAAAAAAAAUCUAAAAAAAUCAAAUCCAUCAGAUUCCCUGAAGCGUCAAAAUGGAAGUCAAUUGUUAUGUUUGUAAUAAAAAAACCACCGAGUAUAAGCAAAAUUUAUGUGAAAUCAAGUCGGUGAUAUCGAAUAUAAAGGUCAGUACAUUCAUCGAGAAAUUCUUAAAUGGUAAUAGUUCACAUCGGAAUGUGAACGACGAACGGAAUUGUAUUUGUAUGGAAUGUUUAGAGCAAAUCUUUCAAUACGAUGUCAUGAGCACCCAAGUUGUGCUACUUGAGCAUAAAUUCCGUGAACUACUAAACUCGACCGAAAUUAGUCAGCGGAAAGAAGAUUUGGGGACAAUAAACGAACAACAGUUAAAUAUUUUUGCGCAUGCCGUAUCAAAUCUACUUGGACAAACAACGGCCCAACAAAAAUUCGAUUCCAAUGCCAUUUUCAAUUUAUUAACACUUCAAAAAGCCGAACAAAAAGCAUCGGAAAAGUGUGUAAAACGAAAAAUCGAUCUAACAACAAGCGAUUCACCGCCAGCUGCUAAGAAAAAAAUCACACAAAAAUCGAAUGAGGCCAAGCCGAAGGUGCAUAAACCAAUUGUAACUGUGGCGUCGAAAACACAAUUGAGAAAAACAGUAAAAUGGGAAGGAGAUGACAACGAAAUAGGCGUGCACGAAACAAUUAAUCAAACGGUUGUACAGCCACCAUUCAUAGUGCCGUUGACACCACCGGAAUCGGAACCAGAGAUAGAAUCAGAACCCAACCAAUUGAAAAUGCUAAGAGAUUUAACGGAGAAUGAAAACAAAAAAUAUGAAUGUCCAGUAUGCACAAAGGAGUAUACCGUUAAAUCCAGUGUGUAUCGUCAUUUAAAAGUACAUGAAACGACGCGUAGAAGUUUGUGAAUGCCAAAAGAAUCGACAAACGGAGCAGACGAAGCCAAGCAGCUGAAUGUAUAAAUGGGCAACACACCAAAAACGCAAAGCGAUAUUUAGAAUAUGGAUAUAACCCAAUCAUUUCAUCAAAUUCAAUCGACGACACAAGAAAGUGAUAUUUAGUACUAUAGAAAUGACAAUUAUUUAUUCUUCACAAUAAAAAGCAAUUUAUCUAAACAAAAAAAGACAAACCAAAAAUUUGAUUAUG